AUGCCAGCCACAGUCUACUUCGUCCGCCAUGCUCAAGGCUACCACAACCUCCCCUGGGUGCCAGGAGGAACAAACCCGUCUCUGCUGGCCGACCCGGACCUCACAGAGUUGGGCAAGGAACAGUGCGCGGAGCUGAGCAAGAACUUCCCCGUCCACGACAAGAUCACCCAUCUGGUGGCAUCGCCGCUGAGGCGCACGCUCUACACCUGCCUGCUCUCGUUUGGCCCGGUGCUGGAGCAGGGCAGGGUGAAAAAGGUGAUUGCGCUGCCGGAACUGCAAGAGAUCGCGGCGCUGCCCAGCGAUACGGGCAGUGACCCGGCGGUGCUGGCCAAGGAGUUUGGCGUCGAAAAGGUCGACCUCGGCCUCGUCAAGGAUGGCUGGACCGACAAGGGCCCGGGUUCACCGUUUGCGCCUGAGCUGGAGAAGCUUGAUGCCAGGGCCAGGGCGGCCAGGAUUUGGCUACGGAAGCUGGCUUCCGAGGUCGAGGGCAAUGAGGCGCACAUUGUCGUGGUCACUCACGGAGCCAUUCUACAUUUCUUGACUGAGGAUUGGGAUGGCACGUCGAUAAACAACAGCACUGGAUGGCAGAAUACUGAGUGGCGUUCGUACGAGUUCGCCGAUUCUACUGGACAAGAUCCACAAGCAAGCCUCAAAGAAACAAAGCAAAGCUGGGAGAGGCGACGCGGCAGCGCAAUUCCCCUGACGGAGACGGAACAGCGGGAACUCAAGGCUGUGUUGUGGCGUGGGGUGAAGGAGGAGUAG